AUCAAAUAAAAAUGAUUUCUUAAUGUGUGUUCUUAAGGUUGGUGGUGUCGUUCAACCUUAGCCAUGGAGUCUCUCCCUGGAAUUCAGCACUAUCACCUCUCACUCUCUCACUCGUCACCACUACGGAGUCUUAAGUUAUUGCAUGCUUCUUCAUUUCCAACACCCAUCAGAGCUUCGUCUUCACCCUCACCCAAACAAAACGUAUCUUACAAACCCCAAACCCAGUUAACCCAACUUCUCAAAACCCUAAACCCUCUUCUCUCCCCUCUCGUCAAACCCACCUGCAUCGCCAUAGCCACCACCGCAUUCUCCUUCAUGCGCCUCCAUCCUCCUCCCGUUGCAUCGGCGCUAACACAUGCCCCUCCGCCACCCUCCUCGGCCUCGGAAAUUCUUUCCGACGAUACUGCCUCAUCGGAAAUUCUUUCCGACGAGACGGCAGCGUUGGAAACUCUCCCCGACGACACUGCCGCAUCGGAUAUUCUCCCCGACGACACUUCCACGUCGGAUAUUCUUCCCGACGACAAGGCCGCUUCGGAAACUCUCCCCGACGAGGUUGCCCCGGCGGAAACUCUCUCCGACGAGAGCGUGGCCCAAGAGCAAUCGAGCGACGACGUCGUUGAGCUUGAGUCCCUCCUACGUACAAAAAUGAGAGCCAGCGAAAUCGACGAAGCGCUCCUCGUCCUGGACCGUCUAAUUGAACUGGAACCGGAAGAGCUGGAGUAUCCGUUCGUGAAGGCGCACCUGCACCUCCUCAACGGCGAGCACGAACUCGCCUCGAUGGGGUUUGAGGAAUUGCUUCAGAGGGAUCCAUUCCACUUGGAGACGUAUCGAUGCCUGUUAAUGCUAAUUUCGGAGACGAAGGCGCCGACCGUGGAGCUUCUGAAGAAAAUCGAAGAGGCCGUGAAAGUUUGCGCGGAACAAGAGAGGGAUUCCGAUGUGAGAGACUUUAAGUUGUUGAUUGCGCAGAUAAAGGUUAUCGAUGGGGAUUUAUAUGAUGCGUUGAAGGUGUAUGAGGAGCUUGAGAAGGAAGAACCCAAGGAUUUUAGACCUUACUUGGGUCAGGGUAUUGUGUAUACUAUGCUGAAAAAGAAUGAUGAAGCUGAGAAGCAGUUUGAGAUGUUUGGCACGCUUGCUCCCGAGAAUCAUCCAUAUAAGCAGUAUUUUGAGGACACUUCUAGGAUUUUGGAGACGGGACUACAAGACACAAACAGCUGACGUAACAUGGUAUUUGAGGAGAUUCUUGAUGAUAAAAGAGUGUAUAUGGCUAAAUGCAGCUGCAGAUCUUUGCAUUGUAGAGUGUACUGGUAGUUGGAUAACAAUAAUUUGUAAAUGAAAGAGUGGAAGAACUGAGUGGAAUCAGGGUUUUUAAAUUAGUAUAUAAACAUAUGCUUACAUUACUGAUAAUUUGUAAAUGAGAGUGUGUAACACUGGUUUGUUU